ACGCGUGGGGCCGGGCCGGGGUUACGAGCGAAUGACGAUAUCACAAACAAUCGCUGAUAGAGGGCGCUAUCACACACAGACUGCAUGCUAUCCUUCAUCCCUUCAAUCAACCCGCACCGGAAAGCAUCUGCCUGCAUUUUGUACUUAAUUAGCUGUAAAAAAGCAGAGUUUUUCAUUUUUCCCCCUUAUGGUAAAAACCUUCACUUUCCACAUAUUUUCGACUGCUGGUGAAAGUUCGUGCAUCAAAGGAUACGAUCUGAGAGAAGCCUUACAGGACCUCGGCAUGUCAUCUCUCUAUGCACGACGCAUGGCACGCCUGAGUGCCCGUAUUUUUGGGGAUGUUUUCAGACCAACCACCUCUCAGUCAAUGAAAGUUGUACAACUAAUGAGAGAGAAACCACGAGAACACAAACCAGAGGUUACAGAGUACUACCCACCGCACACCGAAGUCUACAAGAUGAUGAGAAGGCUCCAGUUUGUGGGACUUUACAGGGAUGAACAUGCUGAUUUCCGUGCUGAGAUGAGGAGAGUUGCUCGUCUUAAAGGGAAGGCCCCGCCCAAAAAAGGAGAGGGCAAACGAGCAAUGAAGAGAAAAUGAUCAGCCAAUUUGGCAAGCAUUGAACCUUACAAGUCUUAGAUGGAUGCAAGGAGACUGUUAAUCAUCCACAUAUGGAUGUACAAGUACUAAGAGUUUGAUCAAGGAUGUGUCAGAGAUGAAUGACAAAGUCUGUAUCUGACCUUAGUUUGCAGAUGCAGUCUUUGUGCUGCAAUAAAUGCAUGUAUAUAGAGGAGUUAUGUCUUACAAAUUAUCAAGGCCAGUCAAAAAAAAAAUCAGCAAGUUUCUCGUCCCCGUCCACUUUUCUCUCCCACAAAGAUGCAAAAAAGCUUCUUUUUUGGGGGUGUGAUUUAUUUGGAUGUUUCGGAUUUCAUGUAGGCCUACUUUCUAAAACAGCCAUUGUUUCCAGACAAUUGUUUCGAAACAGUGUUAGUUUCAGGUAAGAUCUCCCCCCCCCCCCCCAGACUCCUGUCAACAGCAUUUAAACACCUUUUUUCCCUGCCCGGCAAUUUGGGUACUUUAAUUAAUCUGAUUUGGCAGAGACAUCAACCAACUAUUGUAGAUUUGGGCCGAACAUGAACUUCUCAUGUCAUCAUAACCUCAUCAUGUGUCACAUGACAUCACAUACAUGUAUGUGUCCAAUUGCUUGUAACUUGGUAUGACCAUGCAGGUAUACCACAAAGUGAAAAUCCACACUCAUUGGAGGGCUCGUAAUUUUGAAUCUAAUUGUCUUAUGAUGAAGUCAUUCAUAUAGACCUUUGGGAAAUUUAGUUAGCUACGUUUUGAUAUCCCAUUUGCUACUAAAGACUGUAUAUCAUCCAAGAUUGACAACAAUUUAUGAAAAAUGCUGCAUUUUGAAAACUUUUCAAACUGCAUAAUUUUUCAAAAACUGUUGUUAGUGUUGGAUGAUUGGUAGCUUAACAACAUUCCCCAAAGGUCUAUACAAAGGACGUUAUUAUUAAAUGAUCAGAUUCAAAAUUAUGUCCCUCCAAUGAAUGUAAACUUUCUUAUUUUUUGGUUGUGUUUAGAUGAACACUGUAGGGUGUGAUGACAUCGUCACAUGUUACGUGACACCACAUUAAAGAUCCAUUUUUCAAAGGCCUAUAUAUACAGCUACACAGCCAUGUGGUUGUGAAGGCCUAAGCAUCGCUGUUGUUAAACAAGUUAAUCCCAAUAUGUACUUGGACGCUAUAACAGAGCAGUGAAAUUCAUGCACCCCCAAAAAAUGGCUUUUUGAAUGUUGUGUUUCUCAGAAAAUAUGCUCAGUAUGAUUGAAAUGUAAAAUUAUAACAGAAGAAGAAAUUCUAAACUUCAUGUCAGUGAAAAAAUUGCUGUCAUCGAUUGCUGUAACGUCGAUACUGGUUACUGGUAAAACUGACCUUAAAGUUGAGAAGAAAUCAUUCGAAAAUGUUCCCGAAUCUAUGUAUUUAUCUCAAUUUUUAGGAGUCCCCUCAAGUUGUUACUUCAGGAGUAGCUGAACAUUGAUAUCAUUUCAGUAUAUUCUGAAAUUCAGCUUAAUCUAUCGUUGCAAAGUCUUGUGUGACAUCUUGAACUACCUCCAAGAGAAAUUUUGACAAGGAUUUUUGGCUGACCAAACUCACGCACAUGUACAUGGUUUUCAGGUUGGCCGAUUUUGGUGCAACAAUGCUGACGAAGUGCAUAUUAGCAUACAUCAUUAACGUAACUCGGCGUGACUUGCACGGGUCUCGGUAUCGACGAUUGGAAGCCAGCAAUAACUCGUGAAGGAGGCGAUGCUGCAAAUUUUUACUGCACACCAUAGUAAAUGGGAAACUUAUUAAUAUUCGCGAGGCUUGCAAAGAAUUGACAGAUAUUGUUGAAUAAAUGGCCCCUAAACCAGCAUUGAUAUCGAUCAUUCCAGGAUCAUGUAGGCCAAUGAUUGGCAAAAUAAACAACAGUCCUGUGGUAGCUUGUAACAAUACAGCAGUACACAUGGUACACAUGCACUCAACCACCAUUGUGUGAGGACUUACCGGUACGCGGGCCUGUGAAACACAGUUGCUAUGCUCUUGUGGAAUAAGUCUUAACACGACAUGUUCGUACUGAGGAUGUUAAUAAUGAAAGCGUGGAUCUGGAAUUUGCUUCUUUUUUUUCUUCUUUUUUUGGUAAACACGUCGCCCACGGAAAAAUUUACUUUUUUCUUUACCGAGCAUCUUUGUAAUACUGGACACAAUGAAUAUAUGUAAACAAUAUUCCAGGUUCCUAUGAAAAAAACUUCUUGUAAUUUGUUUUGAUAUGGCAGCAGAGGUUUAUACCCUGUACAUCUGUUGUAAUGCAAUGAAGAUGACUAAUAAAGCAUUGAAUAUACAGGGUGAAGCAUA